AGAAACGGACUUCGGGUUGAGGGUUUGCGUAAGACAGUUUCUGAGAUGGUUUAUGAUAGAACAUGUACACAUGAUGGCUACAAGAAUACAUUUGGACUAUUACAUAAAUGAAUUAAUGCAUUCAUGACCCAAGGAGGGUUUUCAUGCCAUCGAAGUGCAUAUUGAUAUUUUUUGUCCCCAAACAAACACACUAAUACCCUAAUGUUUCAAACAAGGUUUUCUUAAUGUCCUUCUUUCUACCACAUAACCUCUGAGUGUAAAAUCAUUUGAAAGAUAACUUGUCAUGUAGAAAUGUACCAUCAUUUAAAAAGUCCUAGUCUUUCAUUUUCUUAUUUAAACCUCUUCACAAGUCAUGAGCAACUGAGCUGUAGCUGCUGGGAAAGCAUUUUCAUUAGAUACUGGUAAUGACUAAUUUUAUGGUUACAGUAUACUGUUGUUAAAACAUCCCUGUGUGGAGACAAAACUAUGGACACCUGCAAAUUUUCGCUUUAUUUUCUGUGGAUGUCCUGCUUUGAAAGAGUAUUAUAUAGGGAUAGACUGAGCCUCACAAGACAUUUUGUAAAUAUAGAAUAUAGACUGCCUUGGAUGUCUACCUCAAAAUUGGUCAAACAUCUGCAAAAAGAUAAAUACUUUAUGGUACUGUUGGUUGCUGUAAAAAAAAUUCUCUCAGUAGGAGAUGGUCACCAGGAGAUGCCAACUUUAAAUGCAUGAAUGGAAAUAACUGUGGAUGUUCACAGCCUGGAGAGGAUAACAGCCUCAUAAACUGCCAAUUCUCGUUAAAAUAGAUUGACUACAUAACUGCCUGUUGUCCUUUUUUAUUCUAUUAUUCGAAAAAUAAAUGUCUGUUUUGAAAAGAUCGGAUCACUCCCAGCCUAUUUGUUGUUUUUUAUAUGCGUGUCCAGCUUAUACCUGUUUUCCUGCUCCUCACCUCUGAUAAGUGCUUUUUGGGACUGACUGCAAACAAAUAGGUUUGAAAUGUGAAGAGACUGAUAUUCGUUAUUGAAAUUUCUGCUAAAUUUGGGUUGAAAAUAAGAAUUUAAAAAAUGCUUCAACAAGUACUGUCUUCUCUGAAGUGAUUAUAUGUUGGCAAAAAAAAAAAACAAAAAAAAAACUUUAAGGUCUUAAUGUAAAUGUAAGUAACAUAAAAACUAAACACUUCAUACAUUCCACUGUUACCAUAAACAAACUCUCCAAAUUAUAUGAGACACAACAAAACAAGUACACUGAGGUUACACUGAAUACAGGGCUGUGCUGUUCACGUUGAUAUCAUUGCUCAUUAGAACCAUAAAAAUGGUAUCAACUGAUCUCUGUGACCACAGGCUCAAGUGUUUCCAGCCGCAUUUGUGAGCCAUUGAUUUCCAUGGCUUAUUAAAGGUGUGAGUAUCUUACUAUACAGAGAGAUGUGAGCGCAGGAUUACCGGGAAAUAGGGGUAUUGAUUGGGUCAAGAAACAAGGGCUUACAUUUCAAAUAUCACAAGGAAGACAGGAGAAAACAGAUAACUGAAAAAUAGAGGAAACCAUUCUAACAAGUCCAAAUUAAUGUUUUUCAUGUGCCAUGUGUGAAGUAUGUAAAUGAUAUCUGAAUUACACAAAGUAAAUGUGAUUAAUAUUUCAGAUAAAGCUUUUUCGGAUAUGCAGAAAUAUAGAUCUCUGUAUUACUGUUUAUCAUAUUACAAGGCAAAAAAGUCACUAUGUUCUCAGGGCUUUGACAAAGGACUCAUUCUCCUGCAACUUAAUUAAACUGACUGCACAGGGCUUUACCCUUUUAUUGCAUUCAGACAGACCAGUCAACAUAGGGAGACAGUAUUAUCAUUGUACAAGUCAGUCUUUUUUUUUCUUAGGUUGUACUUGGUCAAAAUGGCUCAGGGGCUCAAAUAUUGACUGGAAACCCUGUCCAGCCAUUUUGUAAGAACUACUUUAACUCUCAUCAUUAGCAUAAGGUUUUAAAAUUACAGAUAUAGUUAACUUUCAGUUCUCCAGGCUUCAUUCGAGCCUUUACAGUAUUGAAUGUUACUUCUACUCCUCUGUCUAUGAUAAUGCAUUUAUCUUAUAACACAGCAUUUUUAUUUAUUUGCAUCUACUGCUAUCAAAAAAUACCAGUUUUACCUAUAAGAAGAAGAAAACGUAGAGAGAAACAUACGAUAAAAGAGUCAGAUAAAGUCAAAUAGCCUACUGUAUACAUUUGGCCGGACGGUUCAUGUUUUUCAUGUGUCGCACAACUGUCGCAGUCCACUAGAUGGCAGUGUCGUCUUGUCUGCCAUCUUGCCCUGCUCUGUGACGCAGUCCGGUACAAGGAAGCCAAAACACAUUUUGGCGAUCUUUCUGUUGGUCCAUUUAGCCACAUCUUGUUUCAUCCUGAAUGCAAAGCAUAAAUAGACAUUUUUUUCACCAUCACAAGGUAAGUUAAUUUGCUCAGCUCAUUUCGUGGCUUCCAACAGAUGUUUUAACUGUAUGUUUUUUACCGUAGUGAUGCUAGUUUUUAUGCCAGCUAGUAAGCUAGCUGUCAGCUGCCUCACUCAGACUGGUUGCUGUGUUUCUGCAGAGCUUUGCAGGUGUUUCUUCACGCGUCACACCUGGAGGAAAAUGCCGUCGGACAGAGGAGGAUUCUGGUCUCUUGCAGUAGUUGCAAUCGUGGCCACAGCUGGAUUUGCACAGGCGAAGGUAAAAAUGCUGCUGCGAGAUUCAGACUGAUAGAAACCCUCAGUGGUGACAGUCAUGAUCUGUGGUUGAACAUUAUGUUCCUUUACACCCAGUGCUAAUGUAGUUUAAGCGUUGGUGAGCCACAGCCUUAAUCUAAAACUCUCUGCUAACACGUUUUAUCAACAUGUAAAGCAAAACAGAAACAGAAAUUGUCAUGUCAUGUUGCAGUCUCCAAAUGAAGCAAAGUUGAAAAUUCAAAAUACACUUAAAUGACACUGACCAUAACAUUAUGAACACCUGAGUGUCUAAUACAGUUUACUAGAUAUUCUACUUUUACUACACUGCUUCAGUUUCAUUUUUAUACACAGUCAGGCAGAUUAUGAUUGUUUUUUUGUUCAUUGUUUAGGUUGUUUCCAAUAUUUUCUACCCUUUGUGUUUGUGGACAAAGUAAAACACACUCAAGUACAUACCACCACCUCUCACUUUGUCUUCAAUAAUAAGGAAAAAUCAUAACUAUGUCACACAGUGAAUACUGUAGUAAAAAUUCUAUAGAUGAUCUGUAACAUUAAACCCUUAAGUUUGCUGAGUCUGGCUGCACUCUGACAAAAUUAUCCUCGCUAUUACAGAGCUUUGAGGAUGUUCGCUGCAAGUGCAUCUGCCCACCGUACCGAAAUAUCACUGGCCACAUAUAUAACAGAAAUGUUUCCCAAAAGGACUGGUAAGAAGAACCUUUAUCUUGUUCUGAACCCCAAAACAAACUGUAUAACAUUUUAUCAACUCUUAACCACUCAUAUGUAACUAAAGCACAGAAUCGGGCCUUCAAACCCAAUCACUUUUAUUUAUCAAUGUUUUUUUGCACCCUUUGUCUUUUACAGUAACUGCCUCCAUGUAGUGGAGCCCAUGCCGGUGCCUGGCCAUGACGUGGAAGCUUACUGCUUGUUGUGCGAGUGCAAGUAUGAGGAACGGAGCAGUAACACCAUCAAGGUACCACCUACUCUCCUUGGGGCUCUGACUUUUGGCCUCAUUUAGUCUGUAUUAUUGAUCACACUAACCAAGAUUAACAGAGUAGGCGUGAUUAUGUUGCACAAAACAGUCAAAACAUUAACGCCUUCAUCUUAGAUCCUCAGCUGAUACAAAUGGAAAAAAGUUUCUUAUAAGAGAUGUUUGCUAAAGUUAACUUUAGAUUUCAUGGAUGUUUAAUUUCUGGAAAAAAAUAGAAUAAAAAAACAAGAUAUAUUACACAUCAUGUUACACAAAAUAUUAUUACAAAUAUUACACAAAAUAAAUAAAGGUUACAAAAAUUGCAGGUUUUGUUUGAUAAUAAUUCUGUCUGAACUUCUCCAUUCUGUGUGCUCCAGGUGACGAUCAUCAUUUACCUGUCCGUUGUGGGUGCACUGCUGCUCUACAUGCUCUUCCUUUUACUUGUUGAUCCUCUCAUCCGCAAACAUGACCCCUACACCCAGCCGCUGCACAAUGAGGAGGAUGCAGAGGUAACCAUUGACUCAGAAAUAUUAAUUGCAAUUAUUUCACUUCACUUAUACUUUUAAAUCUGGAUUAAUUUAUGCUUCGUGGCAUGUUUGUGUGUACAUGUUCAGGAAAUGCGUCCCCAGGUGGACAGUGCCCAGGCCAGAGGAAACACGGUGCUGGAGCGGGUUGAAGGAGCACAGCAGCGCUGGAAAAAGCAGGUCCAAGAACAGCGCAAGACUGUUUUUGACCGCCACAAGAUGCUUAGCUAAACAAGAAGCGGCACACCUCAGACCAGGUUUAGAGGAGGUAACUUCCCUGGGCUUUCUGCGACACUUUCACCAGCUGCUUUAUACCCGACUUCUUUCACUUUCUGUGCUUUGCACCAUUUACACCAGUAUUUCCUCCACAAAAAUAUUCAACCGCUCACACAAAGAUCCUGUUCAUUUAUUAUAUGUACUUUUUAGACUUAAUUGCAGUUUUGAAGAAACUGCGUGUUAGUGCACUCUUAAUUUUUGAAAAAACAUCUCAAUCAUUUCAGCAAUUAGCAAUGCAACCAACUUUGAAUGUCUCCAUAAAGGAAAAUGUCUGCCCAUUUAGUCGCAUUGUGAAUAGCUUCUGUGCUAAUAUCUUGCUCUCUGCUGGUUUAGUUGGUUUCACACAAAGUAUUUUCUCUCAAAGCAUAAUUAAGGAGGUUACCUCAGGACAGGCAGACUGAACAUAUUUGAAGGAUCAGUUAAAGAAUACCAACCCAUGUGCACUCUUGCCAAGCAUUGGACAUUUCUAGUCAAGUGCUAAAAUGAUUUAUAGCACUUAUUUAUAUCUUUGAUUUCUCUCCAUUAAUGUGAUUUGAACUGGAGCAUUUUUGGUAUUGUUUGCAUUAAAACAGUUAUUAAAAGACUGUAAAUUUUUGUUUUGCGAUUUAAACGCUUUGAUAAAGCUACUUUUAAGUUAUGCGGCACCAACAUGUGCCUUUUCUUUUCCUCUCUUUGUGUGGGGCAGGAAGUUGCAGCAAAAGAUGCUUUUACACCGUUAACUAGGAAUAAGUCAAGGGGAUAGAGGGGAAACUGAGAAGAGCCAUCUCAGAGUCUAAACUUGGCUGCCCCCUUUGAGAACUGUAGUAAGAACAUGGGUGCACAGUCAAAGUACUAAACCAAAUUAGUACCCUGAGCCCAAAAGAUUUUAAAGUUUUUGGACUUUACGUUAGGAGAAUGCUGUGAUCCACUAAAUGUAAUGUGGAUAAUAGUGUAAAGCCACAUUUCUGUUAUGUAUUCUUCAGUUUUCGUAACAUUCGCAUACAAAGAGAGAAAUGGAGAAGAGAGCAUUUAACAGAGUAUAAAACUGUAUUUAGCUGAAUCAGAUCUCUGCCACUGGAGAAUGUCCCAGAUCAGUAAAGCUGCUGCUACUGCAGUUCAGUGUGGCAGAAUGAGGAUGCCUUCCUGGCUUUUUAAAGAAACUGUUGUGUAUCGUGAAUUCCCCUCUCAGAUCUCACCAAAGCUCUCUAUGGAGAGAAUUCUAAUUGCGAUGCAUAUGCACACUGUAAACUACUGAAGUUAAUUUGCCUGCAAUUGUUUGUUGAACCACUGAAUUGUUUUAGAUUGAUUGAAGUAUAAUUUGUUCUCACUGGUUUCUGUGUUUUGUAUUGGUAUUUAUUUCCAGAGUGGAGUAUGGCACUGUUCAUGUUAUUUUUUUCAUUCAUCCUGAUCUGAAAUAAAAAUGUACUUGAGUGUGAGA